AUGAAAGACAUAUUAAGUCACAAGAAGGAUUGGAGAGAGGUAGAAAUAGUCCUCCUCAUUGAAGAAUGCAGUGCAGUAAUCCAGAAGAGUUUACCAGAGAAGCUUCAGGAUCCUGGGAGCUUUAUGAUACCAUGUACCCUAGGGGACGCCUGCACAAGGACAGCCCUAUGUGAUCUGGGAGCAAGCAUUAACCUGAUGCCUGCAUCAUUAAUAAAGAAGCUCUGCUUGACUCGAGAAGUCAAGCCAACCUGCAUACGCUUUCAAUUGGCUGAUGGCUCUGCCAAGUUUCCACUAGGUGUGGUGGAAGACAUUAUUGUUAGGGUUGGAACAUUGUGA